GACAUUCAGUGGAUGGCCGUGACGUAUAUCACGUUCAGCGUGAGUCACAUCAUCAUAAAGUCACUUUUACGUGAAUAUCAACUAAUCUUUUCACAGAUAUUUGUUAUAUUUAAAUAGCUGAUCAUAAUGAUUUUCCCGUUUCCCAUUAAUAUUUUAUAAAAUCAGCACUUAAUCUCUUUUGAAAAUAUUUGAUGGUCACAGUGACUACAAGUAUGCACAUCUCCAACUACUCUGCGUAUCGAUAAUCAGCUGUUCGUUCCAUCUGACUGCAGUGUUGUGAAACAUCAAAUAUAUACAAUCCGAAGAACUUAUUGAAUGCAAAAUCUGCUUAUAAAGAAAAAUGAAUGGACUGGAGAAAUGCCGCAUCUGUUGCUGCCCCAUUGACUACAAUGAGGAGGCAUACAACUUGCUGCAACUGCCCGAAGUGGCCGAAAUGUUCACCGCCUGCACAGAUUUGUUGGUGGAUCCGCGGGAGGAUCUGCCCAGUGCCCUUUGCUGUGGUUGCUACGAGGAGCUGGAAAAGUUCCACGCAUUUCGUACUCUCUGCAUAGAAGCAGACACCAAAUGGCGCGCAUUCAAAGAAGAAACAGAUGCGGAUGCGGAUGUGGAUGUGGGUGUGGAUAUCCCGGAUGUGAAUGAGACUCUACGCGAAUUCGACCUACUGAUGGCAAGGAAAAGCACUGCUCCACCCAUUGAACCCAUAGCGCUAGCUCCUGAUCUACCCAUUGAACUCAUACAGCUAUGUCCUGUUCCGCAAAUGGAAUCCACACAGCUACGUCCGUGGUCACCCCUUACAACCAUUCAUGCAAGUCGUGUGCCACUGCUUGCAUCCAUCCAUCAGAUUCCUGAGCCGCCCCUUCCACCCUUACAUUCGAGUCCUGUCCUCAUUGAAUCCAUACAGAUAAUUCCUGCCCAACCAACUGAAUCCAUAUUAUGGAAAAAUCCUAUGCCAGCCAUAGAAUCCACACAGCCCGAGCUGUUGCAACGGACAGGUGCCAAACAGAGUCAUGAAAGUUCAUGGCCGAACAAGAAACAAAAUGAAACGAAUCCAAAUCCUCAACAGUUCAAUGAGAAAACACAAGCCAGCAUCAAUUUAUGGAUACAGCCGAGUCCUGACCCGCCCCUUUCAACCAUACAUCAAAAUCCUGUCCUCAUCGAAUCCAUACAGAUAAUUGCUGCUCCACCAAGUGAAUCCAUAGUAUGGAAAAAUCCUGUGCCAGCCAUUGAGUCCACACAGCUGGAGCUGCUGGAGUUUAUGGAUGCCAAAAGAAGUAAUCAAACGUCACGGCAGAAUAAGGAACUAAAUGAAACGAACCCAAACCCCCAAACGGUGCAUACAAAGUUGCGUUCCUCAAACGAAAGGCCUGCCCGAAGUGCACAGACGAAAACUGAGGAAGAGAGCAAGGAAUCUAAUCGGAAGACUCCAAAAGAUCCUGAAAAGGCUCCACGAAGUGCAAAGAAUAAAACUGUGGAAGAAGUCAAGAAACCAAACCAAAGAAAGACUUCAAAAGAUCACGAAAAGGCUCCUUCAGACCUUGAUGUUCUCCAGCGAUCCUCAGAAGAAAAGCGUCAUCGGAGUGCAAAGAAUAAAACAGUGGAAGAAGUCAAGUCAAAAGUCUCAAGUCUCGAAAAGUCUAUUUCAGAGCAGGAAUUGCUCAACCGUUCCAAAGGCGAAAAGAGUCCUCAAAGUGAAACGAAGAAGUCUGCGGAAGAAAACAAGGAAUCUAAUGAAAAGCUACCAAAAGAUCCCGAAAACGCUAAUUCAGACCAGGAUCGUCUGGACAUCUCCAAAAGCGUCAAACCGCGCCCAAAUGUCUAUCAAAAUGGUCCAUAUUCAUUAAAAAGAAUAAUUUUGAACAAGUAUCUAAAUGGAAUAAAUCCACGAGUAGAAGAGGUCCCACCAGAGCAACAGAAGAUCGGGAGCACAGAUGCCAGAAAGAGUUCCGAAAGUUCAAGCCAGAUACCAAAGGAAAAAAAAUCACAUACAGGAGAUGUGAUUGAAGAAUCCUCCAAGUCACAUGCAGCAGAGGUGAUAGGAGAUUCUGCGAAUCAGGACUUUGUCAGUCGCUUUUUUACGUGCGACAUCUGCUGCAAGAAAUUUGCCUCCGAAAGACGCUGCCAGAUCCACAAGCAGCAGCAUGGUGGCCAUCUGCUCUUUCCCUGCAAACAGCCUGGGUGUGCGGAAAGCUUCAAUAGACGGGAGCAACGCACUGAGCACAUGAAGAUACACACGGUAAAUUGGUUCAUCUGCGAACAGGAGGGAUGCAGCAAGAAAUACCGUCACAAGGCAACGUUGGUGACACACCAGCGAAAAGCUCAUGAUAUAAGAGGGUCCGCCUCAAAGUCGCACGUUUGCGAGUUUUGCGGCAAGGUAUUCCACACUCUGGCCACGCUCAAUCAUCAUCGGUACACACACAAGGACAAGAUACAAAUGCCGUUUGCCUGCGAGGAGCCGGGCUGCUCCUUGCGCUUCCGGAAACGGCACCACCUCCUGGACCAUACGAUGCGACACAAAGGCAUCAUGAACUACGAGUGUCCCCACUGCGGCGUGAAGAAGAUGACCCUGCACGAGCUCAAAGUCCACAUCAAUCAUCACACUCUGGAGCGCACCUGGUCCUGCCCGCACUGUUCGAAGGUUUGCAACAGCUCGACCAAUCUGGGAGCGCACAUUCGUGCGAUCCAUGAAGCUGUUAGGAAAUAUCAGUGCGGCUAUUGCAGCAUGUCCUUCGUGAGGUCCCACACGAGGCGAUAUCACGAGAUGAUUCACACGGGCGAGAGGAACUACAAGUGCAUGGAGUGUGGCAAGGGUUUCACCCAGCCCGCCACACUCCGCUCCCACCGAAAGAUCCACGAGAGAUCCAAGCCGAGACCACCAACUCCUGUUGUCUCCAUAGUUCCUGUUCCUGUGGUUUCGGUGGUGCCCAUGUCGAUUACCGUAGUAGGCAGCGAAUUGCUUCAAAAUUAAGUUCUUCCAUCUGAAAUUUAGAAUUAAAUGCAUUUUUUUUUUGUCUAUUGAUAGGAUUAAGUAUUAAGUAAGAACCUUUGAAAAACUACUAAUGAAAGGAGUUACUUAAAGGUUCGUUGACCUGCCUCUAAAAAGACAACAUUCCGAUGGUACUUGUAUUACUUCUAGGGUAGCAUUUUAGUGUAUGG